AUGGCGCUGUCAUAUUAUGACUCGAAGAUGGACGAUAAUGCUGAUUUCAUGGACAUAAAAUUUAGAUUGUUUCGUGGAGGAAAAAGACCGGAGGGGUUUAGUGACAAUGUAGACAGUGCAAGUGAAGUGACAAAAAGUUGGAAGCAACACGUUGGGAGUGGUUUUUCGUCGCCGAAUUAUAAAUAUUCUUCCAAAGUGUCUUACGGGGUAGCGGCUAGGCUCCAGAACAGCCAACACUGUGAUGACAAAAUGUCUGAGGCAGACGAUCUAAAACAAGCCAAAGUAGAUACUAAGAUCAAAGAAGAAACACCUAUUAUGAACAUUCCAAGGGAUUCCAAAUGCCGGAAGUUAGAGGACGAGAGUAAUAAGUAUUCAGAUCCGGACCAGAAACCGCCAUUUUCAUACGUCGCCUUAAUUGCCAUGGCGAUCAAAGAGUCUGGUGACAAACGACUGACAUUAAGUGGAAUAUAUCAGUAUAUUAUUAGUAAGUUUCCUUACUACGAGAGAAAUAAGAAAGGAUGGCAAAACAGCAUCAGGCAUAACCUCAGCCUCAAUGAGUGUUUCGUUAAAGUACCAAGAGAAGGUGGUGGUGAACGAAAGGGCAACUUCUGGACUUUGGAUCCUGCUUUCAACGACAUGUUUGAAAAGGGAAAUUAUCGCCGACGUCGACGAAUGAGACGGCCAUACAGAGCAGCCAUAUCUCUCCCUAAACCCCUUUUUGCUGACAACCAUUGCGGUCCUUAUAACCAGUUUGCUCAGCUUGCGAAACCGUAUUUUUCCCCACCCCCAUACUCUCAAUAUUCGCAAUACUCGCCUUGGGCCCUUACCCACAAUUCUUCUGCACAUCAGGGUAUGGGUAUGUCCCAGAUCAGUAACUUUAACUCCUGUACUCAGGCGCGUGUUCCCCCUCCCGGCUCCACCCUCAGCUCCUGUGGGUACAAUCCGCUACCCUCGGGCGUUCAGCUGUCUCCAAGUGCAGGAACCACCUACUCCCAGUUGAAUGACUACAACUCUGUGAGUCCCUCAGGACCGUUUCCUUUUGGCCCCUAUCGACAGCAGGGAGACUCCCUCAAUGCCGUACAUUACACAUACUGGGGUGAGAGGUAA